GAUAGCAAUAGACCGGGUAGAGAAGGGGUAAGGGGAGGGAGAAAAGAAGGAGGGGAUUGUUGGGGAGUUAGGAAAAAUGUAUAAAAAGAGGGAGAGACAGUAAAAGAACAGAAAGUAAGAGAUUUCAAAAGCGAUUAAUGACUCGACUAUCAGAUGCAAUGUCCACCCACAAGGAUCCUCCACCUCCACUCAUAAUCUUCACACUGGCCCUUCUCAAUGGAUACUCCUCCUUCGCUGCACCCUCUGACGUCUCAGGGACCAACCACACAGCCACCCUUCCUCUAAGGCCACACGGACGCAUGUAUGAAAUGUUGGCGCUCUCCUCAAAUGAUGACUAUGACCUGAAUUGGGUCACCACUCCACCCCCGCCUACUCCCUCACGGGGCACCAAUCCUCAGUCCUGUGACUACAACCCCUGCCGGGAGCUACAGACCCCCUGUGCCCAGCUGGCAGCCUCCAGUAGCUGCCUGUGUCCAGGGGUGAGUGGGCCCCACGUGGCCCCAGAGCCUCCAGACCUUAAGAGACUGUCUAUGGAAGGGCCAGGGGUGGUUGUUCAGUGGUGUGCACCAUCGUCUGUUGUGACCCAUUAUGAGGUGGUGGUGGGUACCCUGGAGCCCCUGGUGUUUGGGGAGGACAAGAGGAGUGGUGUUGUGGGAAAGGUGGGGCAGGGGGUGGAGGUGUGUGUGGUGGCGGUGAAUGACGCAGGAGUCAGCGAGCGUCAGAGGCGGUCCUGUACGAUGUACCAGCCCCCUGGAGACAGUAGUCUGGCCCUAAAAGCUGGGCUGAUCGGAGGGGCCCUGGGGCUCCUGCUGCUCCUCUCACUGGCUGUCCUGCUUUGGAGGCACAGGGCUCGGAGAAAAGCAGAUGCCAGGAUCACCCGGGCCACGGAGGAAACACUAUGAAAGGACUGAAGGAAGGCUAUGGAAGAGGCUAACUCAAGAGUAGCUGUCCAGAACUGAGGCAUAUUUUACCAUAAGAGACUGUUGUCUGUCUGUCUGUCUGUCUGUCUGUCUGUCUGUCUGUCUGUCUGUGCGUGUGUACACGUACUGAACAGGAUGCUGAAUAGGCCUGUGCUCACCAAAAGGCAGGAGGCACUCAGUCAGUCAGGUGAUAUGAAACAGCUUCCUGUCUUCUAUACACAUCUCAAUUCAAACAAUGACUCAUCUCCUUUUGCUGACUUCAACUGCAUUCACAGCCCAGAUAAAAUGCUAAAGCAAAUACAUUCAAAAUGAAACAAGAUGCAGGUAACAUAACAUAAUAUAAUUAAAAAAUAUUAAAACAAUGA